GAAGGUCACUCUGCCUGUUUCCAGAACUUGUCAGUAGGCUUGAGGUAGAAAAGGACACUGCCAGAGGGUGGCCGUCAUCCAGGCGCCACGUCCCAGUGGGGGCGCCCCGGAAGCGUGGCUCCCAGUUGCCCGUCGCCCACUGGGGCUCCUGGGAAGCAGGUGUGAGGGUGGGGGACGGGCUCUGACAGUUAGAGCCCAGCAAGCCCGCCCUCCCCGCAGAGAUGGUGGCCACACAGCAGCAGAUGAGCGACGCACAGCUGGUGCUGCAGCAGCGGGACUACUGCGCUCACUACCUCAUCCGGCUGCUCAAGUGCAAGCGCGACAGCUUCCCCAACUUCCUGGCCUGCAAGCACGAGCAGCACGACUGGGACUACUGCGAGCACCUCGACUACGUGAUGCGCAUGAAGGAGUUUGAGCGGGAACGGCGGCUGCUCCAGCGGAAGAAGCGGAGGGAGCAGAGGGAGGCGGAGGUGGCCAGAGGCCAGGGGCCCGGCGAGGUGGCCCCCGAGGUAGCCCUGUAGUGGAUCCGCCCCCACCCUGUGGACCAGUCGAUAAAUAAAAGCCUCCAGGCCCCUCAGCCGGAA